AUGAAUUCACUUCAAACCAUUGCCCUUAGAGCCAUCACCAAUCCAAUUGAAGAAGCAAAGAGGCUUCACGAAAAACACCCACUCACGUGAGAUAUGUUUAAAGAAGAACACAGACGGAAAUUUAUACAAUGAAACCUGGAUAUCGCUUUUUUAUCAAUGUUUUUGUUUUUCUGUUUUAGUCACACGUUAAAGGUGAUUGUGUCUCAUUAACCAUUUCAGUGCAUAACAGUACGUGUUUGCACUCUCAAAGGACACUUUUAAUUGACGAUCUUUUCAAUUAUGAAUUGUUAUUUAUUGAUAAGAAUAUUAUGGAACAUUAUGGGUAUUUUAGACGUUAGGACAAUUUUAACAUGUUACAUUAUGUUAACGCAAAACUUCGAUUUCUAAAUGUGUAUAGUCAAUCACGCCGAGAAAGAACGUGGAUUAAUAUAAUUCGUUGAUCAUCUUAUUGCAGAUCUACGCUUCAAUCAUUACAAAUUCUGCCACUAUUGUAUGUUUACAACAUGGCUGUCCACAGAUUUACGUCGCUGUUCACACUGUUCCCGUCUUUUUUGUGACAAAAUGUUGAUAGAUCCGUUAAUUUAAUUUAGGAAAAGGGUUUUCCUUUUGAAUGAGUUGUGCUUCGAUUUAGAAGCAGAAAUGAAUCAAUUGUAUGAGAGAAUUUGGUUAUCGUAGUUCCGGAUGUAAUAUAGUGUGUCUUUUUUCAAAAUUGUAAAUAAUUGUAGUUUGAUGGAAAUAUAACCUUUUCUGCAAGAGAUUAACGUGGCGGCAUCCUUUCGUUUUCAUAUUUUCAACAAGUUUCAAGUCUUUUUCACAGUCAGUUUUUAUUGUCUUUUUAUGAGUGAUGUUAAGUAUAAUAGUUAUGCAGCAAGACAAAUGGGUGAAAAGUCAUUUGACUUUCCAAAUGUUCCAAAUAUAAAAGGUUUAUUAAUAAAAUGAUUUGAGUGAUAUUGUGGAUUAUUUACUGAUAGAGGGGAAUAACAUGACGUAGAAUUGACGUCGAAAAGAACACAAUUUCUCACAGUAUUGACGUAAAAUAAACGUAGAGGACCCUAGUCAGGUCAGGUCUUUUUAUAAAAUAGUUCACUAGUCCCUUCAUCGUUAAUCCAUGCAUAGCAGCGAUCUUGGAAAGGAGACUCACGAGAGGGAAUCAAACGUAACAGCAUACAAUUCUUUUAGGGUCUUAUACUAGUAGGAGCCCAAGUACUAGGGACAGCACCACAUGCUACUGCCCCACCUACUCUUAUAAUAGUAGGUCCUGGGUACGAGGGAUGGGACCGCGUGCUACUACCCCACCCGUGAACUUUUGCGUGCAUAAGCAAGUCAUUGUUUAACACAAAAACAAAAACAGUUCAGGAACAUGAUAAAAACAUAUCUCAAUUUAUUUACAUACUUGUUUUUUCCAACAUUUCAGAUCCAUUUCUCUGAGCUGGCUAAGAAAUAUGGAACAUCCGAGAAGACAAAAGUUGGAAACAUGGUGGUGAAUGAAUUUGUACUCAGAAAUGAUGUACAUUUAGAAACCUUCAAGAACGACCCACUUCCACUUCCACUUCUAAGAAGAAUGAUCCACUUCCAAGAAUGCGGCUUCAGAAAAGCUUUCAGGGGAGAUCACAACACCAGUGUCUUGCACAAGUGCAGCCAUAAGGGAAACCUCAAGAAAACAAAUUGA